AUGUUGGUCAUUUCAAAUGGAAAAGAAGACAGGUUUGACACUAAAGAAAAUAGAGGAAGUCAAGAUGAAAGUAGCCAGUUAUGUUUUGAUUUCAAAAUUCAUUACUACAGAUUACUUGCAGCAGAUCAAAUUCUUCCGUGGAAGAGAAUAAGUACAGGAUGUAAAGCAAUAGACUCUACACUAACAGGAGGUAUUCCAAUAAAUGGAAUAACUGAAAUAUUUGGAUGUAGUGGAGUUGGUAAAACUCAGUUUUGUCUUCAACUAUGCUUGCAAGUACAAUUACUUGCCGUAGAUGGAAAAGAAAAAGGAGCCAUCUAUAUUUGCACAGAAGAUCCUUUCCCAUCAAAACGAUUUCACCAGCUCUCUACAAGGUUCAAAGAAAAACACAACGUAAUAACCGAUUUUGAAAAAAACGUUUAUAUCAACCAUGUGGCUGAUUUUGAACAGUUACGUAGAUGUCUGUAUGUUCACGCACCUAAUUUACUUCAAACGAAAGACAUUGGACUCAUAAUUAUUGAUUCAAUUGCUGGAGCAUUUCGUAGUGAAAAUGUUGACGUUAACUAUACAAGUCGAGGACGUGAGUUAUGCGAAAUAGCUUGCAAACUUAACAAUCUUUCUGACAAGUACCAGGUUGCCGUCGUUUGCAUUAAUCAGGUCACAGAAGAUGUGCAGCAAGGAAAGACUGAACCAUGUUUAGGUUUAGCAUGGAGCAAUAACGUAAAUUACCGUUGUCAAAUAUCAAGGUUUAAUGAUAGACCUACUAGAGAAUUUGAAGUUAUUUUUGGUCCUGAUUUGCCCUGCAGGAAAUGCACUUUCGAAAUAAGAGAGGAUGGGUUAUUUUCUCUGGAAGAUUGAUAAUGCAUUUAAACUAUGGUAUGAAAUAAGAGAAGAUGGGUUAUAUUCCCUGGAAGAUUGAUAAUGCAUUAAACUGUAGUAUGUAAGAUAUUUUUUUAAUGAAUAAAGCUGAUUGUAAUGAA